UAUAUAUACGUGUAUAUGUAUGUAUAUAUAUAUAUAUAUAUAUAUAUAUAUAUAUAUAUAUAUACACAAACACGUAGCAUAUUAUAAAUGCGUACCCUAUAAAGCGGAGUGUGGAUUUGAAUUUGAAGAGCGAGGUAUGCUCUCGAAUAUUAUCGGUUAAAGAGUAAUGUUCGCUUCUUAUUCUGAUCACUGCGCCGUUUUUGCCUUAUUAUCAUGUAUUCAAAGAUUUUACAUGUAUAUAUAUAUAUGUAUAUUUUAUUUUUCAAUAAUGCAUAAAAAAUAUAUAUACAUAUAUAAGUAACGCAGAUAAGUGAAAAUAAGUGGAAAGAGUAUGUAGACGUAUGAGAUGCAUACUGCGCUAUAAAUGUUAAAGAUGUAAAAAGGAAAUACUUUAUGUACAAGUAUAAAUACAUUUUAUUUAUUCUGCUUAUAACUGUCAUAUUGCUCGAACGAGACAAAUAUCUAAUUUCAAGACACUUUCACAUGGCAAGAACGGCGCAAAUAUAAUUGUUUGUCCAAAUUUGAUAAUUCUUCCCUGUUCAUACGUUAAGUUUACGAUAAUCUAGUUUAGUUUUAUAGGAAAAAACUAUUGAAUAACUACUAUUUAAAUCUGCAAAUUAACAUAGACAAAAAAAAAAAAAUUAAAAUAACGAAUUGUCACUAAUGUAAUUAAUAUAUUAUGCUAAAUUUUAACGUUGAUAUUUUAUCUUGCAACAUCAUAAUUUAACACUAUUUUGUCGACAAUGUAUUAUUAAACAAAUAUCACUAGGAAAGCCGUUCUGUCAUUAUCAUAUAUUAUAGGCCAGUUUAAAAAUUUGUUUUUCCCAUUUUGUUUAAGAACGGCUAUAUCCUGGUAGAAGAAAGUGCACCUAAUAUUUCAAUAUAUACUAAAUGUACAUUCGAAUUUUAUAUUCACUCAUAAUAAUGCCAAAGCGAUAAAGUGAAAUUGUUUACAUACUUCUUCGUUUUCUGUUUCUCUCUUCGGUUCUAAAUUUUUUUUCUAACGCGGAAAAUAAAUUAUUCUAAUGCGGUUGAGGUAUGACAAUAAAAUUAGCCAAAAUGCACGGAUCUACUUUGAUUUAAACUUGUCAUCGAUCAUAAAAGCAUGAAAAUAAAAAAUUAUCCAUCCUGUAUUACGUGAUCACAUGUUUUUAAUGUUUUUCUAAUAUUUACUCUUAAAAUUAGUGAUACAAUGGCUAAAUAAAUAAUAACGAAAAGUUUCAAAAUUUUCCUUUAUGCAGGUACAAAACAUUUGUGCAUAUAUGCAGUGUAACAAUAAUAUGUAUAAUUUACGAUACGAAACGCUGUAAUACUAAACAAUGCUGUAUAGAAUUAAUUGAAAAAAGAAGCAGAUACAAUUUUGUUUGUAUUAAAAAGAAAUAAUAAAUCUUAUAAUUAUUGAAUUUUUUUACUGAAAUUAAACAAUAUCUCAUACUGAUUUCUCAUUUUUCAUCAUUACCAUAUAAUUACAAUUCUACACAUAGUCGUAUCUUCAUACAUUUCAACUUAAAUCUGUAUAAUUAAUUUUCGAAAAAAUUAACAUUUUUAUUACCUUAAUGUAGGGAAAAAGUGGUAGGAAUUUAUAAGUAACUAUACAAAAUAUUCUUUAAUUUUGUAGCAUACGUAAAUACGUACUCUGCUUGGAUAAAUCAAGUAGAAUGUAACAGGUUAUGUUUCUAAUUACGAAAUCAUUAUAAAAUUCAGUAAAAGUUAUUAUAAAAUUCGAACAUAUCGUAUAUGAGAUUAAUUACCAAGUUAAUAAUUUUUAUUGAAAACUGGAUUAUCCUCUUUAUCAGUGUGUUAUGUGUAUAAAGAUCUAUAUUUUGCAGCGCGUAUCGUAUAAGUAUACAUGUACGUAUAAGUACGUUGCUUUGCACCUGCAAUAGAAUAGCGUGCCAUAACCGCAGUUGCAGUUGAAAGUAAGUACAGCUGCUUACAUAUUUUUGAAAAUUACUUGUAAUAUCCAUAAUGGAUGAAAUUGAUGGAUUGAGGCAAAAAAUCAAAGAACUUGAAGACAAACUACUUCAAAAACAACAUAAAAAUGCGUUUACUACAAGAGCAAAAAUAGAACAUAUGUCAAGUGAAGUGACUGAUGCAAAUCCUUACAGUCGUUUGAUGGCAUUAAAACGUAUGGGUAUAGUAAAUAAUUAUGAAAGAAUAAAAGAAUUAACAAUUGCUAUAGUUGGAAUAGGCGGAGUUGGUAGUGUGACUGCAGAAAUGCUAACAAGAUGUGGAAUUGGCAAGUUGAUUCUUUUUGACUAUGACAAAGUAGAAAUGGCCAAUAUGAAUAGACUUUUCUUCCAACCUUACCAAGCUGGCCAAAAUAAAGUAGAAGCAGCAGCAACAACAUUACAAUAUAUUAAUCCAGAUGUAGAGAUUGAAACUUACAAUUACAACAUUACUACAAUGGAUCAUUUUGAAGAUUUUACAAAUAUCAUACGCACAGCAAGUUUGAAUAAAGGUCCAGUAGAUUUAGUUUUGAGCUGUGUAGACAAUUUUGAAGCACGAAUGGCGAUUAAUACCGCAUGUAACGAACUUAAUCAGAAGUGGUUUGAAAGUGGGGUAUCUGAAAAUGCAGUUUCAGGUCAUAUUCAAUUUAUUAUUCCUGGAGAGACAGCUUGUUUUGCGUGUGCUCCUCCAUUAGUAGUCGCAGAAAACAUUGAUGAAAAAACUCUAAAACGAGAUGGGGUUUGUGCAGCAUCUUUGCCAACAACUAUGGGAAUUGUUGCAGGUUUUUUAGUUCAAAAUGCAUUGAAGUAUCUUUUAAACUUUGGCGAUGUUACUCAUUAUUUGGGUUAUAAUGCUAUGCAAGAUUUUUUCCCUAAAAUGAUGUUAAAACCAAAUCCAAACUGUGAAGAUAGGUAUUGUAGAAAACAUCAACUAGAAUAUGCAUUGAAACCAAAACCAGAACAAAAGAUAGAGAAAAUAGUUGAAGAUAAGCCUCUUCAUGAAGAUAAUGAAUGGGGAAUUUCUCUUCUUGAUGAACAAGAUCAACAAAUGGACGAAAAAUCUCAAAUUAAUCAAAUUCCGUCUGAAUCUGAUGCUAGUCUAGAGGAACUGAUGGCACAAAUGAAAUCCAUUUGAGUUUUAUUCAAAGAGUUUACAAGAAUAGUAAUAAUAUUUCAUACUAAUAGUAAUAUUAUUUAUACAUUCCACUUAUAUUUUUUAUAUCAUUCGUAUCACAUGUAAAAAAAAGAGAUUAAUAUAUGUCGCGAUAUUAUAUACAAUAUACAAUAUUGUACACAUAUGUACAGAUUAUCCAAUACAACAAAUUUAUUAAAGUUA